CUCUCUCGUUCUCAGAGACAUCUAACUGUGCUGAGAAUCUGCAGCAAGACACUGACGUCUCCUCAUAUUAAGACACUAUAAACUUCAUCAUGAUCUUGCUCCUCUUCUUGUUCGCUCUGGCUCUGGGUGCUGUGAUUCCUUCAGAUGACCAGAGUGUGAAGCUACAGCGAGGCAACUGUCCCCAAUUCUGGUUCAGCUUCAAUGGCCGCUGCUACAAGUACAUCGCUACAACUAUGACCUGGGCUAUUGCAGAGUUCUACUGUGUGUCACAGGGAGCCCACCUGGUGUCUAUCCACAGUGCUGAUGAACAGAAUUUUGUCAAUUCCCUGAUCAGCAGUUUUGAUUAUUCAGCAAAACCCAUCUGGAUCGGAUUGAAUGACCUCUUUCAUGAAGGCACAUUCACGUGGUCUGAUGGAUCUGAAGUCAACUUUGACUUUUGGAACACAGGAGAACCUGACGAUUAUGGAAGUAGGGAAAACUGUGGACAGAGCUCCGGCCCAUCUUUCAAAUGGAAUGACUAUUCAUGUACAUCUUCAUGCCCUGCUGUUUGUGCAUUCUCCUUGACACCUGAGAAAACUGCAAGAUGAAGAAAAGUCAUUUCAUGAACAUUAAUUUUCAUCAUAAUUGGACACUAAUACAAAGAAUUUUCAUGCUGUGUUGAAGGAAAUAGCAUCUGAGUUAUCUGAAAAUCAAGUGUUUUCUUCACUGAGCCAUAUAGAUUUGCAUAGAUGUAGAAGAAACAACAAUGUUCAAACAACUUGUGUUUUUUCAUGUUUUACUUUGCAAAGCUACAAAAUGAGUUAUUCUGUGAUAAUAAAUGUGAUCAGCAGAUGAAAAACCA